UUGUUAUUAUUAUAAUAUUACUGUGAAGUGUUAUCUGUUAAAAGUAUAAAAAAAAAGAAUAGUGUUUCGGAUAAUAAUAUAAUACAUAGGAAGAUAAGCGAUAAACCAAUAGGCAAUAAGUAAUUACUAUAGGUGCAUACUAUUUUCGUCUCACUUUCGUCAGUCUGUGUUUGUCACUGUUGGGAAUUACUGUUGUGGUUUACGACUUACGAGCGACGAGUAUAUUUAGUUUAAAUUAAAAUACUACGCAUUGUGUACGUAAGAAAAUUUUUGUCGACCAUAAUUUUUUCUGUUGCUUUCCGCCAGAAUUUAGUGACCAACAACCGUCCAAAAUGAAAACAGACAAAAUUAAAAUUGAAUCUUCGGAAGAUUUAAAAAUUCCUUAUGUCCGUUUGGAGCGUUGCAGCUUAGAAGAAAUUAAUGGCUACAAAUUGAAACCAGAAAGAAAUGCUUAUUAUUUGAUCGAGCCUGGAUCGGAGGAAAUGAAUGAAGAAGAAGGUGAUAAUAAUAUGCUAUCACUGAACUUUAUGACUGUAUUAGAUGAUUAUGAAAAAGUGUACCGUUCCUAUGUCUUGCUUGAACGAUUAUCUCCACAUGAUAUCCAAAAUUUAUUGAAUAAAAAGAAUUAACUACAUAUUCAUCCAAUGGAACUUAAAAAUGAUGAUAAAUUUUUGUAUGGUAUGAAUUUUAGUUCUGAACAAAAUUCAAAUGAAGAACAAUUAUAUUCACAUAAACAGUAUAUCUUUUUUUGACGUAUCAGUUAAUUAUGUGUCUUUAUUUGAAGGAUAAAUUAAAUUUUUUUUUUAUACAUCAUUUAUUUCUUAAAAGAUUUAAUAUUAUUUUGUAAUGUGAGUUUUUUUCUCAUUUUAUUUUGUGAUCAUAAAUUGUUACUAGAGUAUUACAUUGAAAAUUAAUUCUGUUAUUAUUAUUUUUUUGUGAAUGUAAUAUUUAUUUGCUAUAUUAUAUGCCAGUUAAAAUUAUUAGCUAUAAUAUAAUGUGUAUGUGUAUUUUAACAUCAAUAGACAACGAUUUGAAGCCUUAUUAUGGUCAAUAGUUUUUAAUU